AUGGGAAGGAAUAUUGAACUAAUUGAAAAAGUUGUGAUUGUUCCUGAGAAACCAACACCAUGUAAGAGAAUGUUCUUGUCAAAUAUUGACCUGUCCCUUGUUGUUUACCAAGACUCUGCUUCUUUCUUUGAUCCACCAAGCAACCAAAUGCAAUUCUCUGAGAUUUGUAACAAGUUAUAUAGUGCACUUGGUAAAAUGCUUGUGCAUUAUGACUUUAUGGCAGGCCGGCUUGUGCCGAGUUUCGAAGAGAAAAAUCGAUUUGAAAUCGAUUGUAAUGAUGCUGGUAUUGUUGUUGCUGCUGCAAAAACUGAUAGAAGGUUGUGUGAAUUUGGUGUUAUUUCAGCACCUAAUCCGGAGUUAAGAGAAUUGGUUGUUUUCUUGCAUGAAGAAACUGAUUUGAAAGAAACUCCCCUUGUUUCUUUACAGCUGACACAAUUUGGAUGUGGAAGUUUGGCACUUUCUUCUCAUUACAACCACUGCAUACUAGAUGGUAUAGCAGUAAGAGAAUUUGAGGCAAAUUUGGCGUCUCUAACACGCGGUGACGACAUGAUCAUAAUACCAAAUGCAGAUAGAACACUGCUAAAAGCAAGAAACUCACCAAAGAUAACUCAUCCACAUUUUGAAUACUCAAAAUCUGCAAACAUAGAAAAUUUAUUCACAAUGCGUGGUACAAGUGGCACCAAUGUUAAAAAAGACCUUACAGAAAAUCAAACACACGUUCUUUAUUUAUCACAACAAAAAAUUGCAAGCUACAAAAAGAAAGCACUGGAGAACACAGCUUUAAAAAACAUCACAACUUUUCAAGUUGUAGCUGCAAAGAUAUGGAAAGCAAGAGCCUUAGCAACAAAGAUGUCACAUGAAAAAGUAUCAACAAUGUUGUUCCCUGUUGAUGUCAGGAAAAGGGUUGUUCCUGAACUUCCAAAUAGUUUUGCAGGGAAUGCAUUAGUCCCUGGAUUUGCAAGAGCAACAGUGAAGGAACUAAUGGAACUAGAAGAUGAUUUUCACAUAAGAAAAGUGCAAGAAGGAAUUGAAAGAUUAGAUGAUGAGUAUAUUAAAUCAGGUAUAGAUUGGUUAGAAUUGAAUAGAGGUGUGCCUUGUAAGGAAGAUAGUUUUUCAUUGGUUGCAUGGUGGAGAUUGGGAUUAGAGAAUGAAGUUUUUGCUUGGGGGAGAUUGAAAUGUGCUACUCCACUUAUAGUUAAGCCUGGUUUGGUUAUGUUGUUGCCAGGGGCUAAUGAUGAAGGGGGUCUUAAUAUAUGCUUGAGUUUACCUCAGGAUCAAUUGCAAGAGUUUUGUAGGAUAAUGUUAGAAUGUUAA